AUGGCCUCAGCGGGUCUCCAGCUCCUUGCUUUCAUCCUGGCCUUGUCUGGGGUCUCUGGAGUACUCACUGCCACUAUGCUGCCCAACUGGAAGGUCAGUGCAGAGCCAGGCUCCAACAUUGUCACUGCUAUGGUGCAGGUGCACGGGCUGUGGAUGGACUGCACCUGGUACAGCACUGGGAUGUUCAGCUGUGCCCUGAAAUACUCCAUCCUGUCUCUACCCAUCCGCGUGCAGGCGGCCAGGGCCACCAUGGUGCUGGCCUGCAUUCUGUCUGCUUUGGGGAUCUGCACUUCUGUAGUAGGGAUGAAAUGCACUCACUUAGGUGGGGACACAUACACCAAGAGCCAGAUCUCCUUGGCUGGAGGAGUCUGCUUCAUGGUUGCAGGGAUCGCCGGCUUAAUCCCCACAGUGUGGUACACCAAGGAGAUCGUAGAAAACUUUCUAGAUGUGACCAUUCCGAAAAGCCACAAGUAUGAACCCGGAGGAGCUGUCUACGUCGGGUUCAUUUCAGCGAUGCUACUACUUAUCUCUGGUAUUAUUUUCUGCACUUCUUAUAUAAAAAAGAACCCGAAACCACGGAUCUACCCCCCCAGGCAGAAACAGACCUCUACCUGGCAGCCAGAGAACAGGUUAGCAUAUAACCUGAAGGAUUACGUGUAA